CAUGUCUGAAUACAAACGAUWUUUGUGUUGUUAGCGCUAAACAAAAUUAAUUGCGAGAUAUCAUGGAAUUGGCUGUUUUCGAGGACUGUCGAAAAUUAAUAGCGCUCUUUGUACGUUCGGGCAAUAAUAGUUUCUCUUCAUUUUGUAAACAGUGGAAAACUUUGCAAUUCCAACAUAUUUACUUUGCACAAACGUCACAUAUUGAAAUAAUACAAACGACCUCUGCGAUUAUGAACUGUGCAAAGCACGACAUAUGCAAUUCUGACGAGGAUGACAUAAAUAUAGAUCCACCCAUGGAGAAUAGCACGAAAAACACUACGGCACAACACUUUGCAGAUGAACGUAUGCGKAGAAGAAUCGGUUGUCUAUAUCUGCUAUAUGUAACUUACUUUAAACAACCUACAGAACGUUACGUUAAAAUUGAAUGCAAUCUAAAGACUUGGAAAUCAAUAAAGAACUUCAUAAACUCCUUGCCAUUAACACCGGAUAUGGACGAACCUCGUUAUAUAUUUUGGAAACUAUUGCAAACCGGUGCAUUUUGUUUCACAGCUUUAAAUUAUUGUGUUGGCUUAGAGGAUUUUGUUGAYUACGAUAAUUUGAAUGAUAAAGAUAAUGUAGACUUUUGGCAGAAGAAUAAUAGCAAAGGACUCGGACAGCAAUUACAAGAAUAUCCAGCAAUGCAACGAAUAUUACCCGCGUUGACAGUGCUCGAAGAUGGUUACAAUGAAAUGAAGGAAAUGUUAGUGAACACCAGUAAAAGUGGUAUGCAUAAGCAAUCACUGCCAGCAACCACGAUUUUCAAAAGCAUAGAAGAAUGCUUUAAAAAUAUUCAGGCAAUAGUUGAAGAYGGUGAGGGAGAAGUAUGCAAACAAAAAUAUUUACCUUUAGAGAGUACAAAACGAAAUUUGAAGCGUAAAGGUUUUACCAAUAAGCAAAAUGAUAAAGAGAGGGAACUAGUCAGUGGUGCAAGUGAUAGUUCUUCAAAGAAAAAUAAAACACUUAGAAGAAUGUCUGCGCGUACGGUAUUCACCGAUGAAUUGCCUGACGAUUUAUUAGAUGAUCUGCAAGAGCAAGAAUCCAUAGGAAGCACGGAAGGUCAAGAUUUGUCCGAUGUUGAGCAAUCAACAGAAGAAAAUUUGUCUGAUGAGACGAAUGCUCAUUUAACAGAAACUCAAGAAAAUGGUGAGGAAGAGGGUGAUGGUCAUGUAAGCAGUAAUGGAAAAGAAGUAAUUGAGCAGCAACUGAAUGAACUAUUAGAAACAGAACUAAACAAAGAAUGUAGAACGAUUUCAUGUAAUAAGGAUAACUAAAUAAGUUAAAUAGUCUUAAAUAAUGUCUUAUAAGUAACAACAAAAAUAUAAAAUAUAAGCG